AGGAAUGAUAAACAAAAAGAUUUUUAUAGCGGGGGGGAUACUGAUCGCUUCGGAAAUCGUUUGGCAGUUGUACAAGAUAUUUCCGAAUUUUCGGAAAACAUGCGUCCACGAAUCGAAACGAAAAAUUUUAGAAGUCAUGUUUUUCUCGAUAGAAUCCAGCCUUUGUCGAGCGCACGCCGCUAACGAUAAAAUGUGCCACAAAGAGAAUUGUCCAGUUCGUUAUAUAAGAAAGUUGGUAAAUUAUAUCGACUGCGCCGAGAAAAGUUUGGACGUGUGUAUACACAUGUUGACUUGCCAAUCGUUAGCAAACGCUAUUGUGAACGCGCGUAAACGAGGCAUAGCUGUGAGGGUAAUACUGGACCGAAGCAAAGCUGUUAACGAUGCGUCGCAAACGGCUGUGUUUCACAGCAACGGUGUGGUGAUUAGAAUGCCAGACCUGGAUGUCCUGAUGCACCACAAAUUCUUGAUCGUGGACAGUGAAAUAUUGAUCAGCGGCAGCACGAAUUGGACGAUGUCCGCCUUCUUCGGAAAUUUUGAAAAUAUCGUUGUGACCAACCACAGUUCCACGGUGAAACCGUUUGUCGAGGAGUUUGAAAGGUUGUGGACAUUAUUCGAACAUCCGAUACCCUCAGAGUUGGAAGAAAGUUUGAAACGUCCGGUUUAUAACUCGCCCAACAACAUUUUGUAA